AGAAGAAGAAGAGAGAGAGAGAGGAAACAGCUGUUUUCCGGCGAAUCAUUUACCUUUUCAAGGCAUCGAUCGGUGCCGAUUCUGUAGCCGGCGGCGAAGUUUUUGAUCCUGUCUAGAGAGAAAAAAACUCGCAAAUCUGUGCAUAUACUGAUAUCCAUACGGCGCUGUUCUUCGCUGAAGUAACCGGACCUUGUUUUCAUUGAGUUAGCUUACUUGUUCUAAGCUUGAUUAUAUCUGGUAUCUUGAUGAAGAUGCCAGAUUCUCCAGCUGAAGAGUUAGGACUACACAAUUCAGAUGAAAGUGAAUCAGUAAGAUUGGUUAUAUCAAAGAAUGUGCCUGAAGCUGAUUUAUCGGGACAUGAAGCUCAUGUAAAUAAUAGGUGGAACAAUUGGUGGUUCAAGGCCUUCUUUUGGGGUUUCGCUGCCAUUCUCAUUCUACUCGUUUCAAUACAAUGGGUUGUUCCGUUUCUAUUCGAGAAGGUUCUUCUUCCGAUUAUGCAAUGGGAAGCAACUGCCUUUGGCCGUCCAGUUCUAGCAAUCAUCCUUAUCGCUUCUUUAGCAUUAUUUCCUGUUUUGUUAAUUCCUUCUGGACCUUCCAUGUGGUUAGCUGGAAUGAUCUUUGGGUAUGGUCUAGGUUUUGUUAUUAUUAUGGUCGGAACAACCAUUGGCAUGAUACUUCCAUUUUUGAUUGGGCUACUUUUCCGAGACCAAAUUCACCAAUGGUUGAAGAGAUGGUCUCAGAUGGCUGAAAUGGUUAGACUGGCUGGAGAAGGGAGCUGGUUUCAUCAAUUCCGUGUAGUUGCUAUAUUUAGGGUUUCACCUUUUCCAUAUACGAUAUUCAAUUACGCGGUUGUGGUGACAAACAUGAACUUUUGGCCUUAUUUAUUCGGAUCAGUAGCUGGAAUGGUGCCAGAAGCUUUCAUUUACAUCUACAGUGGUAGGUUAAUAAGAACAUUUGCAGAUGUGAAAUAUGGAAACCGAAGGCUGACUCCGGUUGAGAUUGUAUACAACGUGAUCUCCCUCGUGAUAACCAUUGUAACGAUAGUUGGUUUUAGCGUUUAUGCAAAGAGGACUUUAAAUGAGCUAAAGAAUGAAGAAGUAGUAGUACAUGAAUCUGAAACUUGUUCAUCUGAUAAAGGAAGCCAUUUUGAGAUUGAGAAACUUCCACUUUAAACAUAUAUGGAUUUCCCCUAUUAUGUAGGCUAUUGAUUGGUUCUUUUUUCCU